GACGUUUUUUACAGGAAGACUUGCGCGCAUGCGCUGUCGAGCUCAACGCGAGGAGCAGGGACCGGGCCACGGCGCAAACCGCAUCAAUAAAACAAGAUGGCUGGAUUGCCUCGCAGGAUUAUUAAGGAGACGCAGCGCUUGUUGGCCGAGCCUGUGACUGGAAUCAGAGCAGAACCUGAUGAGGGAAAUGCUCGAUAUUUCCAUGUGGUGAUCGCUGGGCCGCAGGAUUCACCUUUCGAAGGCGGGACGUUCAAACUGGAGCUGUUCCUCCCAGAGGAGUAUCCCAUGGCUGCUCCCAAAGUCCGAUUCAUGACCAAAAUCUACCAUCCUAAUGUAGACAAACUGGGCAGGAUCUGUCUGGACAUCCUGAAAGAUAAAUGGUCUCCAGCUCUUCAGAUCCGAACAGUGCUGCUCUCUAUCCAGGCUUUACUAAGCGCUCCGAACCCUGAUGAUCCGCUGGCUAAUGAUGUCGCUGAACAGUGGAAGAGCAACGAGGCUCAAGCCAUUGAAACAGCCCGGACAUGGACCAGGCUUUAUGCCGGCAACAACAUUGAUGUUUAGAAGAAAGAAGCGGUGGCAUCAAGUGAGAGAAGUGGAACAAUCUCCUUCUGUCUUCUUUUGCAUUUAAAGGACACUUUCUCAGACAAAUUAAAAUAAGCGAAAAACAUACAAAACCAAACAAAAAAACAUACGAUUCAAAAGCAACUACUGCAGCCCCUUUGGGUGAGUGUCGGUGUGUUCCUGGUCAGAACUAAUGCUUGCUCCACUAUAUGAUCUCUCUGCUUCUGGGUUCGGCCAGGAAGUGAUGUGUGGUGAUGGCCUGGGGUUUCCCAGCAUCCCUUGUGUGGUCACUACACUGGACCCUGUCAGAAUGUGUAGAACAGUCUCUAUUACAGUUAUUAGCGCAGUGGAUUUCACUGGAAACUGAUUGUAGGCUCCAGGCCCUGCAUCCAGGUGGAUGGUUCAGUGAUGUUUAUUUUUAUGUUUCGCGGUGUAGAGGGAGGGCCUGGUAAAUGUGGGAUGCAUACAUGCUGCUUCUAGGUCAGGGACAAAAUUAUGUGAAUUUUUUUUUUUUUUUUUUAACUUUUUCUUUUCUCUGAGACUCUUCAGUUCAUUAAACACCUGUUGUGAACCCCAUCUUUUUCAUUGCCAGAACCUGCUCUGAUGUUGUAUUCCAAGCGAAACUUGUGUGAGUGUGCGUGCAAAGGUUUGUGUUUCGGCUGAAGUGGAAUCUGUAUGACUUGUCUGGGAAAAUUAAAUCUGUAAAUGUUCAGUUUUAGUAAAAAUAUUUUUUGUUAUGUUAUUUGGUUUGUUCUCUUCAUUUCUGUUUUUUUGUUUUGUUUUGUUUUAUCUUUACAGGUCUGAAUCUGAUUAUGGAAGCUUGUUACUGCCACAGAAUUAAAAAAGAUAAUGGUUUAUAGAUUUUCUUAUCAUUCUAAAAAUGUUUUUUCUCAAAUUUCUGAGAAUUCAGAAUUUUGAUACUUUUUUCUUUUUUUUGAGCUUGCGUUUUGGAAUUUAGUUUUUUUUUUGUGGAAUUCUAAGUUUGCAUUUAGUAAAAAAGUGACACAAUAAUGACUUUUCUCAUUAUUUGGACUUCUCAGAAUUGUGAGAUCUAGACUCAGAACUGAAAGGGGAAAAAGUCAGAAUUAACCCUUUUUUUACCCUGUGGUGGAAACAAACUUCCAUAGAUCGUAGCCUGAAACCUAUCAGCAGAUGCUAGAAAAUACAGUUUGUCAAAUAAUUUCACAGUAUAUAUGACAUGCGUACAAAAACUGCAGGUGUUUAAUCUUAACGACUAUAUGAAUUAUGCUUAAACAGGACUGUGUUUCCUUGCUAGUGUGUUAAUGUGAAAGUUUGCUUCUGCAAAUAAAAUAGAAAAGCCCCUUUGAA